AUGGUUACUCUACAGAGUCUGUUACAGUAUCAUGGCUUACUGAAUAGUAUUUCCUUUAAAGCUAGUGUGUCAAAAUUAAUUCACUGCCCAAGCUCGCAUAAGCUAUCUACAUUUGCUUUGGCCAAUAUGUCUGGAAAGGUUGUAUUUCGUAGUAUAGCUUCUUUGACAUUUUCCGCAGCUAUACACAGAUCUUUUUCCUUUGUGGAUGCCCAUAUGUCUAUCAAAAUUGUAUUUCUUGGACGCUUUGGACUCAAAGUACUGGAGUUUGGAAGCGGCAGUCCAUUGCUAGUAUAUUUUAAACUGUUUAUGAUCUUCAAGCUCUACAGCUUAAUAAAAGACACAAAUUCGUUAGAGAAUCAUCAAAAUCUCUCGUUUAAUAUAGUUUCUGACAUACCAUACUUAGAUUCAUACGGAGAUGAUGCUGGUGAGUCAUGUUCUAGAGGAGGUAUUGAUGAAAGUCGUUGA